AUGGGAAUUAUAUGUGGUGACUUCAAUUUACCAAAUGUUAAUUGGCAUAAUAAUGUUUCGGGAGUGUCAUUAUCGGGUACCGUUAAUGAUAAUGUCAAGGCAAUAGGUGAUGUAUAUCGUUUCUUAGAUUUUUCUCAAAAUAAUUCCAUUAGAAACCAGGCUGGUUCACUCCUUGACCUUGUUUUCACAUCUGAAAUAGACAUAGUUGUUGACACAUCAACAGACUCAUUAGUUAUGCCAGAUAAGUAUCAUCCACCAUUAAACAUUACAUAUUCCAUGCCUGAUGUGCCACCUCAACUGGAUGAUCAACACUCAUUCCGUAAUUUUAAUUAUGCCGAUUAUAACUCGAUUAUUAAUAUUCUGAGCACCAUUAAUUGGGAAAGUGAGUUUAAUAAUCUUGGAAUUGAAGCUGCAGCUAGUCGUCUACAAACAAUUUUAAUAACGUUAAUUGAGCAAUAUGUACCAGUUCAUACAUUUCGUCGCUCAACUUUCCCCAAAUGGGUAACACUUAAAUUGAAAAAUUUAAUCAUUGAUAAAAAAAUUGCACACAAAAAACUGAAACAGUUUGGCACAAUGCACUAUCGUCAUAGAUUUUCGUUUUUACGUGCUCAAGUUAAACUCGAGUAA